GUACAAUGAAUCAUCACCCAGUAUAAAACCCCCUCAGGUUAGAAUCUAGUUUUAUAUUCAUCAGAUGUUUUCGUCUGUGCCCGUUGUUCUCCUUGUGGCUAUCAUUGCCCACACGCAAGCGCUCGAAUGUUACCAAGGACUUAAAAACGCUUAUCCUCCAGUGACAAAACAGACGUGCCCGCCCGAAACGAAAUAUUGUUUGACAAGUACGUCAACAACAGAGUCCAAGCAGAUAAUCUCAACCCUAUACCGCUGUGCUACUUCCGCUGAUUGCAAGAAAGAAGGCUGCGUAACACGUAAAUACCUAAACAAACCGUACCAACCCUACUACGAGAAAAAUUGCUGCUGUGCUUCUGAUGGUUGCAACAAAAGCUAAACAAAAGGAAUAUCUACAAUAAGCUGUACCAGUAAUACCCAUAUCUUGGGCUUUUAUUUUGGGCGGAAUAAAUUUAUUUGCAAU